AUGAUGAUCAACAUUGCAGAGGAUUUGAUUGGUACAGCGCGCGAUGCAGCUACCGAGAUUUCACGGACCAUGAGCGAAGAUCAGGUGGACGAAUAUCAAAGAAUGAUCAGCACGGCUCUGGGCUGUCUCGAAGCAGCCAUGCAAAGCCAGAAGCUCUCUCCGCGUGAAGAAGCCCUCGUACGAUUGCGCUACGCCGGCGUCAUCCAAGAGGAAACUGAAGAUAUCAUGGAGGCGGAAACGACCCUCACCAAGGGCAUUACGCUGUGUGAAAAGCAUCGGAUGCAGGAUCUCAAGUACGCCAUGCAGUACUUGUUGACGAAAGUGCUGUUCCAACGCAAUCACAAGGCGGGCAUCAAGGCGCUCGACCAACACAUUGUCGAAUGCGACACAUAUCGUCACUUCCACUGGGCCUACGCUUUCCGUCUAUUGAAGCACUCGUUCUAUACCGAGACCGGCGGGUUUGGCGACAACGCAGCUUUGGACAACAUACGGUCCGUGUACACAAUGGCUUCCGAGAGGGGAGACGCGGCCGUGGCGGUGUACGCUUCGCUCUCUGAAGCGUUAAUGCUCAUCAAGACGUGCAAGGGUCACUUUGAAGGCAUCAGAACUUGCUUGGCCCAGGCAGCAAAGUACCAAUUCGAUCCCACGAUCAAAAUUCCACAACUGGAGCUGCUUCAUGUUCUGGUCGACUUUCUCGGCGGUCUGCAGCGAGAUCCGCCCGCCGAAACAAGCGCACGACUUCAGAGGCUGCAGACGUGUAGCGAUGCACACCAGAGUGCCGAGGCACAGUUUUGGAUACCAAUCAAGAAAUCGCAAUACGAGUCCACCACGAUAAGUAAGGAUACUAUGACAGUUGUGCGGCCCGGUGGUGCCGGAGAGACUUUCGACUUUCUGGCCAUGGCGUACAUAUCCGUCAACGACCUUGUCCUCGUCUCCCUCGUUAUGGGUGGGACUUUCUACCUACACAAAUCGCUGUCCCAAAACACGGCGCUGGGCAUGUGGGAGCGGGCGCAAGGGAUUCUGCAUCAGGCGGAGAAGAUACAGUCGAACAAUACCCGAGCAAGGCCGGUCCCAUUAGGCCUCGCCGUCAAGGAGAGAGAGUGGCGGGAGCAAGUGCAGUGCUACCUGCAUGUGCUCUUCAGUCUUCAUCACAUUAGCGAAUGCAAUUGGAGUCAUGCAAGAGAUUUCUUGGUUCUUGCUGGACAAGUGCGAAGGAAGCUGAAGCUCGACGGAUUGGCAAAGACAUAUUUGGUGUAUGCCGAGGGCGCAUAUCACCAGGGCACGGGAUGCUUCCAAGACGCGCUUGCCUGUUUCGAGAGUGACUGUCUUUCUCUGCACGCCCAGCCGAGCGCCGACUCGCAGCGUCACCUUGCAUCCCUAGCUGCGAUGAAUCGUUUGUGGAUUAUGCAAAGGCCAGAGUUCACUGACAAUGAGAUGACGAGCCGUCUCAUGGACGAGGUGGAUCCAUUCUGUCUCAACCAUCCCAACGCCGACCUGCGUGGCGUGUGGAUGGCCGUCAAGGCGUCCAUCACCAUGACGCCGCCGCGUCGGAACGACUCUCGCACGACGGAGGCCAAGGGGGCCAUGACUCUGCUGGGACAGUCUAAGAGCCUCGGCAACUCGCUGGGACUCGCCAUCGCUCUCAAGGUCACGCACACACUGCUGUUCAACACCGUUCUUGGCGACAAGGCCGUGUCGUGCCUCGAGGCUGCCAAGAAGUGGGCAGACUUCAGCAACAAUCCUCUCUGGCAAAGUGUCGUCGCCGGCUCCUUUGUCGAGCUCGCAGAAAAAGGCAAUGAUCGGGACAAAUGGGUGAAGUACAAUGCCGCGGGCAUAAAGGCGGCGCAGCGUGCUUUUCAAAUGUCGUAA